AAUAAAUUUAUCAUCGCCACAUUUUUUCACAAUUCCAAAACCAAAACCCUGAAAUCUCGUAAACCUCAUCUUCUUCCUCCUCCGUACACGACGGUUACCAUCACCAUGGCAAAACUACUUUCUCUCUCUACCCUCCCUUCCUCUCUCCUCCUCCCUCCCAACCGCCUCCUCUCAUCCUCCACCCGCCGCCCCUCUCAAGUAACUCCGUCCUCUUCCUUCCGCUUCACCACCGUCCAAUGCCGAGUCAACCGUGCCGGAAACUCCACCUACUCCCCACUGAACUCAGGAAACUCGAACUUCAGCGAGCGUCCGCCUACGGAUAUGGCUCCGCUGUUUCCAGGGUGUGAUUAUGAACAUUGGCUUAUUGUUAUGGAUAAACCUGGUGGUGAAGGUGCUUCGAAACAGCAAAUGAUUGAUUGCUAUGUUCAAACUCUCGCUAAGGUUCUUGGAAGUGAGGAAGAAGCUAAGAAGAAGAUUUACAAUGUUUCCUGUGAGAGGUACUUUGGAUUUGGAUGUGAGAUUGAUGAGGAGACAUCUAAUAAGCUGGAAGGGUUGCCUGGAGUUCUGUUUGUUCUCCCAGAUUCAUAUGUUGAUCCUGAAAACAAAGACUAUGGUGCUGAAUUAUUUGUAAAUGGAGAGAUUGUCCAGAGGUCACCUGAAAGACAGAAAAGGGUGGAACCACAGCCACAGAGGCAUCAGGACAGACCAAGAUACAACGAUAGAACAAGGUAUGUCCGACGCAAAGAAAACACACGAUGAAGUAGAUUUUGAUAACAAGAAAGGGACAAAGAGAAAGAGGGCCAGAGGGGGAGAGAGAGAGAUAUGCUUUGAAAGAGUGAAGGCUGCACUAUUAUAGUCCAUCAGUCUCUGCAUGCCUAUAACGUAGUUGUUCAAUGUUCUAUUGGUAAAUAGAUAUGUUUGUGGUUAAACCAAUGAAUGUAGACUUUAUUAUGCUAUCCAAUGUCUUGUUCUUUAUCAUUUUUCUUACAAAAAGUGAAUAGCAUAAAAUAUGUGUGUAUGACUUGUUGUUUUUGUUGAGAUAUUAGUUAUUGAUUUAUAGGAUCGCAGUCCUAUUUACAA